GGUAUGCAGAGUCUCUGGUCUUCUUAGAGGAGAUGGGAAAGUUUGCGGAGGAGAUGAUGGAACGACACGGCGUCCUCUUUCUGCUCUGCUGUGCUGCUGUCCUUUUACUGGGAGGAGCUCAAACGGGGUUUAUAAGCAUCGAUUGUGGUCUAACAGAGACCCCCAGUUACACCAAUGUUGAAAGUGACAAUCUCACUUACGUCUCCGACGACGGGUACGUGGAGACGGGAGUCAAUAUGCCCUUAUUAGAUCCCAACGCCAUUGACGGCAAAACUAACAAGGUGUACAAAACAGUGAGAUCGUUCCCCAACGCCACGAGAAGCUGCUAUCAUCUGCCGGCCACUGUUGGUAGCAAGUAUCUCCUCCGGGCCUCCUUCAUGUAUGGCAACUACGAUGGCCUCAACUCCCCACCAAGUUUCCGUCUCUACCUUGGUGUGGACUUGUGGGACACUGUGACGUUGGCCAGCGCCACCCAUGCCGUUAGGAGCGAGCUGGUCACCCAAGCAGUAGCAAGUGUCCUGUAUGUGUGCCUUGUGAGAACAGGCGGUGGAACACCUUUCAUUUCUUCGUUGAAGCUCCGGCCCCUCCCUAGUACCUUGUAUGCACCAGCCAAUAGCUCGAUUGCGUUGACGACAUUCAGACGGGUAGAUGUCGGAGCAACCAAACGCAUUGAUGGAUAAAUGCUUGAAUCUGUAUCAGAUAGAGAAGCGGACGUUAUUGGUACUUUGCUCGUUGAUAAUGAACGCAUGGAGCUUUUCCACAUCCUCGAGCUUCCACUUCUUUCUCUAGCCAUCUCAAUCUCCAUGGCUUCCUUCAACUCAGCCACAACAUCUCUCAUAGUAGGCCUAAUGAAUGACUUUUCCUGAGUGCAUGACAUUGCUGUGUCCGCAACCUUCCAUAUGGAGCUGAUCUCAUAUUGGCCUUGUAUCCUGGGAUCAAUAAUACUGUUGAUGUCCCCCCUCAAAAGUCUUGGUACUACAAUUUUAACUAUUGGGACAUUUUCUCCUCCAUAACAGGACUACCCCAAAGCCGUAGACAUCACUUUUCUCAGUAACCUUGCCGGUGCACCAAUACCUAAAAAGAAGAAAAAGAAUUAAUCAACGUUGACAUUGCUGCAAGUUUUAGAUAAAAGAGGGUAAGAAGAGAAAAAGAAAAACAGGAGGGUGAUGGAGGAACACAAACAGGAAUCAUAGUCCGAUCUCCCUGUUUGUGCAUAUCAUUGAGUUAGCAGUUGCACUCACACAUAUCGGUACUUGUAUGCCCAUGAUCAUCUAUACUUAUAUAAUUUUUCUUAGUUUAACAAUGUUAAUGCUUUUAAUA